UACAGUCAGCUACAGUGGAUUCUUACGUCAACAAAGCGUCCAAUUUGGCAGGAAAAUUACGUGAUGACAGUGACCAAAAACAGCGCAUGGCGCUAAUCCAGGAGCUAGAGAUGCUUAGGAAAGUAGGACGCCACAAAAAUAUUGUGAGCUUAGUAGGAGCGUGCUCAUUUGAAGAACCCCUAUGUGUGAUUGUCGAGUUCGUACCAGGUGGAAGUCUGGAUCGGAUAUUGCUUGAGAGCCGUAUUCCUACUCGCGCAAAGGAUACAACUUAUGAAAACCUUUGGUCUAGACUGUCUGAGAGAGAUUUGUUAAGAAUCGCAAAAGAUGUCGCAAAUGGAAUGCAGCACCUUGAAAGCAAGCUGUGUGUUCACAGAGACCUAGCGGCUCGAAACGUUUUGAUUGGUAAAGGACUGGUUGCCAAGGUAUCAGAUUUGGGAAUGUCACGUGAUAUUUCACAGGACAGAAAGUACAUCAAACGCACAGAGGUACACAAAUAUCAUUUUAUUUUCUUCAGUAACUAUGGGGGUAGGAUUUGGUUGUGUCGCGAUACCUGUCCUCCCCCUCCAUAA